AUGUCCAACCCCUUCCUAAAGCAAGUCUUCAACAAGGACAAGACGUUCCGGCCCAAGCGCAAGUUUGAGCCGGGCACACAGCGCUUUGAGUUGCACAAGCGGGCGCAGGCGUCGCUGAACGCAGGGCUGGACCUGCGGCUGGCCGUGCAGCUGCCCCCGGGGGAGGACCUGCACGACUGGGUGGCCGUGCAUGUGGUGGACUUCUUCAACCGUAUCAACCUCGUCUACGGCACCGUCAGUGACGGCUGCACCGAGCAGACCUGCCCAGUGAUGUCGGGUGGCCCCAAGUACGAGUACCGCUGGCAGGAUGAGCGGGAGUUCCGCAAGCCCACUGCGCUGCCCGCCCCCAAGUACAUGGACCUGCUGAUGGACUGGAUCGAGGUACAGAUCAACAACGAGGACCUCUUCCCCACCAAUGUAGGCACGCCAUUCCCCAAGAACUUCCUGCAGGUGGUGAAGAAGAUCUUGUCUCGGCUGUUCCGCGUGUUUGUGCAUGUCUACAUCCACCACUUUGACCGCAUCGCGCAGAUGGGCUCCGAGGCGCACGUCAACACCUGCUACAAACACUUCUACUACUUCGUCAAGGAGUUCAGUCUCAUCGACACCAAGGAGCUGGAGCCACUGAAGGAAAUGACCGCUCGAAUGUGCCACUGA